CAAUUCGACAUCGCAGCCUCGUCCAAAAUAAUUUAUGAGCCCCUCCAUACAUCCCACUACCCACGACGUGCCGUACCUCUAAUCCCCGCACCACGGAGCUGCACCACAAGAAUCGCCAAAGAUGACCACAAACGUCGCCCUCGAGACCUCAAUGGGCACCAUAGUCCUCGAGCUCUACACCGCCCACGCCCCCAAGACCUGUACCAACUUCUCUACCCUCGUCUCGCGCGGCUACUACAACGACACGGUCGUCCACCGCAUCAUCCCCAACUUCAUGGUCCAGGCCGGCGACCCUACGGGCACCGGCCGCGGCGGUACCUCCAUCUACGGCGAAAAGUUCGCCGACGAGAUCCACCCCGCCCUCAAGCACACCGGCGCCGGCGUGCUGUCCAUGGCCAACGCCGGCCCUGACACCAACGGCUCCCAGUUCUUCAUCACCCUCGCCCCGACCCCCUGGCUCGACGGCAAGCACACAAUCUUCGGUCGCGUCAAGAACGGCCUGAGCGUCGUCAAGAGGAUGGGGCUCGUCAAGACCGGGCCUGAGGACAGGCCCCUGGAGACGGUCAAGAUUCUCCGGGCUUCCGUUGUUGACGACGGCGGUGCGGACGAGGCGUAGUUAGGUUUUAAACGGCUUCUUUCCUUGUUUUGUUUCAUAAUUCAAAUGCAUGGCACGGAGUUUGGUGUUGGGUCAUAAAGACACAGUCGGAGCAUAUUGAGUCAACAGAUACCAGGGAGCCUCAGACGCAUGAUAACCUCCAAACCUUGUCUAGAGUUCAUCCUCGUGCCCACCGCCCCUGUAUUCGUCUGUAUCGUGCCACCGCACAGCAUGUCACAAAUCACACGAAAAGGCUCGGAGACGAUAACCACAA